GGUACUUCCUGCCAAGCUGCCGGUCAUUUCUCAGAACAGCGCUUGGGUAUCCUCGCUGUGGGAGCUUCAGGCCGGUGGGACAGGACAGGGGGUGUCACGGAAGAGGCGCGAGGGCAGGGCUGACCCCGCUGCCCACCAGCUAGUCGGAGGCGUGGUGCAAUGGCGAGCGCCCCAGCCCAGGGCCAUGUGACCUUUGAGGACAUCGCUGUGUAUUUCUCUCAGGAAGAGUGGGGGCUUCUGGAUGAGACUCAGAGGUUCCUGUACCUUGAUGUAAUGAUGGAGAACUCUGAGCUCACCACCUCACUGGUUUGUGGGCAUGAAACAGAGGAUGGAGAGGCACCUUCUGUGCAGAGUGUUUCUGUAGAAGCAGUGUCACAGGUCAAGACCCUACAGGCAGGUCCAUCCACCCAGAAGGCACACUCCUGUGAUAUCUGUGUCCCAGUCCUGAAAGACAUUCUGCAUCUGGAUGAUCUAUCUGUACAGAAGCAGUACUUUGUUAGGGCAUGUGCAAACCAUCGCCAGGAACAGAAGCAUCAGAAUGCAGAGAAUCUGUUAAAAAGAGAUACAGACAGUGUCUCUUUUGUGAAGAGCUGUUUACUCCAUGUAUCAAGGAAUCACCUCUUCAGCAGGAAGAUUGAACAGGAUUUCUCAGCUAAGUGGAGUUGUCUUCAGGACAACCCCAAAGAUCAGAAGCCAAACAAAAUCAUAACAGGUGUGGAGGCUAUUCACAGUGGAAAAAGUUGUUGCAUAUCAAAUCAAUGCAGCAAAGCUUCCAGCCCCAAACACACACUUGUUCAGCCCCCAAAAGUCAUUAAUAUAAGAAGAUAUUUUGAGUCUAGCAAAUGUGGGAAAGCCUUCCAAGACAAGUACUCACUUGUUCCACUCCAGAAGGUCCACAGUGGAGAAAGACCUUACGAAUGCAGUGAAUGUGGAAAGUCUUUCAGCCAAAAAGCCAGCCUUAUUAUACACCAGAGAGUUCAUACUGGAGAAAAACCAUAUACAUGUCAUGAAUGUGGAAAGUCUUUUAGUCAAAGCUCUAACCUCAUUGAACACUGCAGAAUUCACAGUGGAGAAAGGCCUUAUGUGUGUGGGGAAUGUGGGAAAACCGUUGGGUGCAAAUCCAAUCUUGUUCAGCACCAGAGAACUCACACAGGAGAAAGGCCAUAUGAGUGUGUUGAAUGUGGGAAGUUCUUCAGGCAAAGCUUCAGCCUUGUCGAACACCAGAGAAUUCAUACCACAGCAAGGCCUUAUGAGUGCAGUCAGUGUGAAAAAUCCUUCAGUCAAAAAGCCACUCUUAUUAUACACCAGAGAGUUCACACUGGAGAAAGGCCAUAUAAGUGUGGUGAAUGUGGGAAAUCCUUCAGCCAAAGCUCCAACCUUAUUGAACACUGCAGAAUUCACACUGGAGAAAGGCCUUUUGAGUGUGGAGAGUGUGGCAAAUCCUUUAGUCAAAGAGCCACUCUCAUUAGGCACCAGAGAAUUCACACAGGAGAAAGGCCUUAUGAAUGUGGGGAAUGUGGGAAAUUCUUUAGACAAAACUUCAGUCUCAUUGAACACUGCAGAAUUCAUAUGACAACAAAAAUUUAUGGGUGUGGCCAGUGUGGAAAAUCCUUUAGCCAGAGAGCCACCCUUAUUAGACACCAGAGAGUUCACACUGGAGAAAGACCUUAUGAGUGCAGUCAGUGUGGGAAAACCUUUGGAUACAAAUCCAAACUUGAUAGACACCAGAGAACUCACACUGGAGAAAGGCCAUAUGAGUGUACUGAAUGUGGGAAAUUCUUCAGGCAAAGUUACAGCCUUGUUGAACACCAGAGGAUUCACACUAGAUCAAGGCCUUAUGAAUGUGGCCAGUGUGGAAAAUCCUUUAGUCGAAGAGCUGCUUUCAUUAAACACCAGAGAGUUCACACUGGAGAAAAACCUUACAAAUGUGGUGAAUGUGAGAAAACCUUUAGUCGAAGCACCAGUCUUAUUCAACACUGCAGAAUUCACACUGGGGAAAGACCAUAUGAAUGUGGCCAAUGUGGGAAAUCUUUUAGGCAAAAGUCUGUCCUCAUUCAACAUCAGGUGGUUCACACUGGAGAAAGGCCCUAUGAAUGUAGCAAAUGUAGAAAAUCCUUCAGCCAACGCUCUAGCUUCUCUGAACACCAAAAGUGUCACCAUGGAAAGGCCUCGUGAAGGCAACACAGUCAGGAACUCUCUCAACCCAAGAUUUAACAUCACUUAGAUCCUGAAAAAGCCCACAAUUGAAGUAGUAGGCCUGCAAGGUAUGUGCUGUCUGUUGAAUAAGCCUUUGUGAGGGAGCUAUCUGCUUGAAGAUGAACCUCAUAUUUCCAAGCAUCCAGAGGGGUAAAGAGUCUUCUGAUAUACAUGCAUGUGUGAGAUGUAUGGGAGCUACUCUGCACAUUUUACACUUGUCUUUGGGCCUUACCAGGGAUAAACUGCUGCCAUAUUAGCCCCUAAAAGCUGUCUUGCCCCUGACUUUUUGCAGUGUGGACUACUCUUACCAGCUUGCCUGGGGAAGGCAGAUAUCUGCGCUCUGCCCUUCCCUCAAAGACAUCCCCAGUGGCCUGAAACCAAAAAGUUACUUUUUUUUUUUUUGAGUAUAUAAAGGGUCUGGCCAUGUUUUCACUACAAGGAUGGUCUAGGUUCAGCUGGAGGCUUGCAAGGAAGGCCUGAUUUCCAUUAAAUUUCCAGUCAUGUAACCUCUGUACCUAAUGUUCACAGAGUCCAUAUCACUAACCAGUAUCAUCUUACCACGUUGCUCUAGUUCUGUUCUAGAAGCUAUGCUCAAGCCUUGGAUGGGUAGAUUAUCAACCCUGACUGUGUGAAAGAUUGGACAACUUAAUCUAGACUGCUAUGUGUGUGACUCAGUAGGUAGAUUCUAACGACAGAGAUAAUUUUCAUUCCAUUUUGCUUAGUUUACACUGCUACCCAAGACCUCCAGUGGGACAUACAGUGUUCCAUGUCAUAGGUGUGAAACUCAAUGCCUCUGUUAUAUUUGUUUGUUUGUACCAGUGGUCACCCUGAAGAGGCAGCAUUUUAUGACUACAUUCAGCACUUUUGGAAUACCCUGCAUUUAUUCCAUUAUUGGCACAAUUGCACGUAAUACCCAACACUGAGGGUAAACAUUUCCUUACAUUCUACAGAGUCAUGUGCUCUUAUGUCCAUAUUUCCGUAUGUUGAUAUUAGUAGUAAGAUGCAGGGUCAAGACUUGAAUAAGAAUUAGUACAGUGAUACAGAGUGUCAUUAAUAGGAAGUGAAGGAGCUGGUAGAAAACCAGAUGAAAUAUGCAGCUGGAAGAAAAGUUGAAGGGGGGGGAGGAGGAUGGGAAAAAAAUCAAGAUCUAUUGUGUGUAGGUACAAAUUCCCUAUGAUGGAUGUGAUCAUUAUAUCAAAAGUAUACCAAUAAAAGUAAUUUUUUUAAAAAAUACACCUCAAAAUUCUCUUAAAUAUGUAUCUCCACAACCACACUACUUCCAAAGCUAUAUGUCCUACAAUUUAGGAAGAUAUUUCAAGAAGAUAUUCUUAAAGAGUUGCAGAAUCUUAUUGUCUUUCUAGGGUGCUCACUUAAGUCUAAAUGCCAUAUAGGCAAAAAGACAAGAAGACAGAAUAAGGUUCCAGUAUGUGGGAGAGUAAGGAUAUAUUUGUCUGGCAAAUAUUGCUGUUUUCCUGUACUGGUACAAGGGUUCCCUUCCCUGAGGUUGAGGAAGAAGAUAAUGGAGUGAACAUAGGUUUGUCAAACUUGGAUUCCUUAAAAAAAGAGAUUGUACUCUUAGAUAUAUCAUUAAAAAUUUACUGAAAUGUGACUGAUAUAUAAUAACCUGGACAUAUUUAAAAUGUAUAAUUUGGAAAGAUUUGUCAUACAUAUAAAUCCAUGAAGCCAUUAUUAUGAUGAACAUACUGAGAAUUUAUUUUUUGCUCUUGUACAAUAUUGCUGGUUUACCCAGGCCUUCAGGUGUCCAGUGAUCUAUUUUCUUUCACAGUGGAUUACUUUGUGUUUUCACAAUUUUAUGUGAAUGUAAUCAUAAAGUAUUUGUUUUUUCUAUUUUUCACAGUGCAUAAUUUUAGAUUCAUUAAUCUUAUGUAAACUUGCUGUUCAUUGCUGAAUAGUCUUAUGUUCUGUGGACAUGCCACUGUAUAUUCAUAUAUUGGUGGGCAGAUGAGUUGUUUCCAGUUUGGGGCUGUUAACAGAUAAAACUGCAAAGAACAUAGGCAUAUAAUUCUUUAUAUGGAAAGGCAUUUUAAUAAUUUCAGAUUAGGGAGUGUUUCAUUUUGAAAAGACCAAACUGUUAUCUAAACUGGUUGUGUCUGUUGCGGUUCUACAAACACUAUCAUAGUUCCUGUUCCUCCACAAGUUUGUCCUCCAAAUUUGGCAGUGAAUGGGCAUGAAGGUCUUAAUUUGUUCCUUUUUUGUUUUGAUGAUAUGAUCAGACUUUCUAAUUUUAGUUAUAUUAAUAUGUGUAUGAUGUCAUCUCAUUCUGAUUUUAACUACACUUCCCUGGUGUUUCAUCAUGUUGAGGAUUUUUUCAUCUGCUAUUUGCCAUCUGAAUAUCUUCUUUCGUAAAAUAUUUAAUACCAAUGACCAGAUUUUAAUGAAUAUUGGCUCAUAUUCCCCUUUUUGUUAAAAAUGAAAUAUGUCUAACAAACACACAUGUUGGAACUUUACCCUAUCUUCAUGUUGUGUAUGAUUUCACUUACCAAUCACUGGGACAAAAUACCUACUAUUUGCAAAUUAAAGAAGCGCUUUACUUUGGCUCAUGGUGCCAGUAAAUUCAGUUCAAAGUUAGCUGGCUCCAAGGCAAAAAGUAACAUAGGGUAGAGGCCUGGAGGAGAACAUCUGCUCACCUCAUGGCAGCAGAGAGAAGGGAGGAGGUCACAAGUAGUCUUGAGGGUUGUCUGUUCUUAAUGUGACUGUUUCCCUGUAGCACAAUCGAAAGAACAUAAUCUGAGGUACCUGUGUGGCAGUGAAGACUCAGACAUCCACAGUAAGAAGUGUGCCAGACAUGACAAACAGCCAUGAUAUGCAGAGUACACGAGGGACCUGUGAGACAGGUGGAGAUAGUGAUACACCAUAGUGUUUGACCAUACAAACACUAAUAUUACAUAAAAUUAGCAAAACAUAUGAUAGGGUUAUAUCUAUAGGUCACAUGUAUGUACUACAUUACUACUUUGCUACAUUACAUGCUCCCUGCCAUAAUAUGCUGCCUCAGCAUAGGCACAAAUACAAUGGAACCAACUAAUUGUGGACUGAAAUCUGUAUAACUAUAGUCCAGAAUAGAUCUCCACAAGUUGAUUAUCUCAGGUAUUUUGUUACACUAAGAGAAAAAUGACUAUCAGGUAUCUUACCAUGAAUCAAAAUAGUUGCUGUUUUAUUCUUGGACUUUCCAGCUUCUAGAACAUGAGAAAUAAUGUCUGUUGUUUAAGCCACUCAGUCAUGGGCUAAAAACUCAAAAAAUGUUAGCAGAAAUUAACAUCUUUUGGUGUUUUGUCACAGCAAUGGAAAGCUGACUACACAGUUAUCCAAAAUAAUACUGUUAUAGUUUUGAUGUCUCUGAAAGGCUCAUGUUCAAGACUUGGAGUGCAGUGCAGGAAAGUUUAGAGGUGGGGCUUUGGGGAAGGAAUUGAAUCAUGAGGGAUCUGACCUCAUGAAUGGAUUAGUCUGUUGAUGAUUCCAUAAAUGGAUGGGCUGUUGGGAAGUGAAGAGAAUUUAGGAGAUGUGAUCAAAGUAAAGGAAGGGGGCCCUUGGGGGGCAUUCCCUAGGGAACUAGAUCUUGUUUGGGCUCCUUUCUCUGUUUUUGCUUCCUGGAUGGCUCAACCUGAAUCUG